UCUGAAGUAAUCAUUGCGAAGCCCAUACCCUCGUCACGUCAACCAAAUCCAAUCAACCAAAGAUGGGCCUCAGCCCCUCAAAGCGCGUGGACGCGGCGCUCCGGCGGGCGCCGGCGUUCGCCGCCGCCUGCGACGCCGCCUUCGACCGCUGCCUCGCCGACGCCCAGCACGCCUUCUCCGGCGUCCGCCCCUACCAGCUCGCGGACGCGUCCGAGCACCUCCACUCGGCCCUGCGGGGCUCCCUCCCUAUCGUCCGCCGCUGGGUGCCCUCGCCGCCGCCGCGCGUGCGCGUAGACUCUGCGCUGCGCGCCUCUGGCUUGGAAGGCGCUGCCGAGCUCUCGCGGGAUCAGUUCGGGGAGUUCGCGGCCGAGCUGUUCAGGGAGGCCGUGCUCGCCGGCGCGGCAGAGGCGGCGCUCGUCCGUGCCCCGGCCGGCGCGGCCGGGAUCCUCGGGGUGGCCAUCGUGUCCCGCGCCGGCGCCGGGGCGGCUGGGAAGUUGGUCGCUGUCUACACCGCCGGCGUCGCCGCUGCUGUUUACCUCAGCUUGGGCUAGGCCUUUGUUAAGUUGUAAAUCAGCACAAUAAACUGCUUGUACUACUCCGAUGUAAUCUGAAGAGAUGUUUCUUGCGUAGUAUGGUCAGUAUAAAUACAAGAGAGAUUAGCAACAACAGGAGUGCCUAGGCUUGAAGGGAGGUGAUCAAGGUUUCAAGUAGGGUUUGGUUUUCAGGUUUAGCCCUAUACUUCAGAAUCUCCAGGCCGCCAGGAUCGCAACUUCUUUGAACAUGGCCUCAUGCCAGCUUCUAGUCGCCAUGGCCAUCACUCCUGCAUACCUCUGGAGGUGUCCCAAUGAAUAUUCAAGAUCCCCCAGCAUGAAGCACUGAGCUCACAUUCGGAGAAUAAGUGAGUGUUAGUUUCAACAGGUUAGUUGGAGCAUAGCAAGCAUGAGUGAUCAUCACCAAUGUUGAAGUGCCUCCUGCAGAGAAGAUCCCUUGUUUUAACUCCAUCCAUGAACAUCAACCAGGCAAAAACCUUGUGCUUCAUCGUACACUUGGAUUUCGAGAUGGCAGGGACGUGUGUUGGAGGGUUUGGAUUUCUGAAGAAAAAUUUGUUGGAUUUGUUUGGCAUCCCGCCAACAGAUAAUCCGUUCAUCAGCCCUUAGAGGAUAAAGCGAGAUAUUGCUUAGCUUUU